UUGUAAUGUUCUUCUCAUAUUGAUAGAUUCCUGAACAGGAUGAGACCUAUUUGGAAGAUAGUUUCUGUGUUCGGGAAGAUGAUGAAAAUGAAACCAAAUUAAGUGAUGAUGAUGAUGACAAUGAUAUUGUUAAUUUUGAUCUCAUUGGAGAAAACGAACGCAGACUAAGAACAAGAAAGGCAGCAAAAGAAAUUGGAAAAAAUGACUUGUGCAAAAAGAAGAAAAGGAGCCGCAUCAUUUCACUGGAUGAUUCCAGUGACGAAGAACUAGAUACAAAUGUGAAAUGUCAAUUGGCAGGAACAGUUCUGAUACAAAACAGCAAGAGUAAACAGGCUACAGAAGAUAAAAGUGUUACUUUAUGUACUUCAAAACCAAGCUUGGGUGGCACUUUUAAAAAGCCGAUUUCAAAAAAAACUUUACAUGUAGCAGAAAUUGGUAAGAGCAAACCUUUAGAUCUUUGCUCCUUGGAAAGAAGCUGUGACACGAGGACAUAUCUCCAGGCUUGUGUGUCUGAAACCUUGGACUUUCAUGUGGAGCAAAAACAAUCAAGGUGCACUUCAAUUCCUCCUCCACAAGUUAAAUACACCACAACACAAGACAAGACAGAGAUGAAAUCCCACACCCAUAAGCUUACCUGUGACCCGUUUAUGGAGAAAUCAUUGGUGAACUAUGAUACCUCCACAACUUCAAGAACAAGUGAAACACUGGGCAAAGAUCAUCUGACUGUCAUUCAACACCCAGUCGCUCCUGGAACAGCUCCACUGACAGUUCUUGUGGAUAGUCGAGAAAUCUCCUCUGGACCAAGUCUGGUUUCCUCUCUCCGUAUUCAACAUAACAUGAAGGCUGAAAUUUGCUCUCUCAAUGGAUGUGAUUAUAUAGUGAGCAACAGAAUGGUUGUGGAAAGACAAUUCUUACUCGAGUUUGCAAACAGUGUAAACCGAAGUAAGUUUGUAGACCGUAUUCAGCACCUGCAGGCUAUGUUUGAACGUGUGUGUGUCAUUGUGGAAAAGGACAGAGCAAAACCAGGAGAUACAUCAAGGGUUUUCCAAAGAACCAGAUACUAUGAUGGCUUAUUGUCAUCUCUGACCACAGCUGGAAUCCGAAUCUUGUUCAGCUCCAGUCAGGAGGAAACAGCUGGCCUGCUUGCUGAACUUGCCCGUGUUGAAGAGAGAAAGAACGCUGCCAUCACUGUACCAGUAGAGGUUAGCGGUCUCCAGCAGCACAUUUUACAGUUCUACCUCAGCUUUCCAGGUGUCAGUUAUAUAACAGCCUUGAAUCUUUGUCACCACUUCAGCUCCGUGAAAGAGACUGCUAACAGUUCAGUGGUUGAAAUCGUAGCUCGAGCAAAGGUUAGCCAUCAGCGAGCUGAAAAGAUUUACUGUUACCUGCACUAUUUAUUUGAUCCACAAAUGGUACCUGAUUAACCAGGGCAGACUAACCGGAAACAAAACUCAGCAGCAUAAGUAUUUUUACUAUUUGCCUACUAAGAAUCUUCAUAUGCACUUUGUGUACAGUUUAAAGUAAAAAUUAUGUAAAUAAAAUCUUUCAGCAAUA